AUGGCUGCGCGUGAGGUGUUCCCUGCCGAUUUGUGUCAUCUCAUUGCAAACGAGCUCGGCGAGCGAUCUGACUUUGCAACGCUGUAUAAUUGUGUUAUCAGCAGUCGCUAUUUCGGUGCAUGCGGUGCGGUCUCAGCACUCUAUCGGAUAUGUCAUGCCUUCUCAGCCAAGGACGAAGGGCCUGAUGUUUCUGUGGCCGAUCAAGAUUUAACGGCGAAGCGUAUGUCUGUCCUAUGGCGUUCACUCGUGCUGUCAGCGUUGGGCAAGACGAUGUAUCCUUACUGCCGCCAUCUACGGACGCUAUCACUCGGCAGCCUAGAUCAACUGCUUCAGAGUCGCAGUGAAGCCUCCUCAAAUUUCUUCACAGAUGAUCUGGCAGAAUUUGGAAUCAUGACUUCCAAGAUCGCGACCCGUGGAUCAAAAUUAGACAUUGCAAAAAGCAUAGCGGCAAUUGGCGAGGUCUUGACACGCCAUGCGCCUUUGUUAGAGGAGCUUUCCGAUCCCAUGGGAACCAGUGUCAUAUCUGUCCCAUCUGUCCUUGAAGCAUGGGGUCCUCAACUGGGGCAUCUCCGAUCCCUCGAGUUUUGGGAUGGGGCUGUGUUGGCGCAGCCGGCGGUCCAGCAGAUAUUGCAUGCCCAUUGCCCGCAACUGAGAUCCCUCAGAAUCUACCGAUGCUCCAAUGAUGAUUCCGAUGCCACUCUAUCAGCAUUCAUCAACGGGAUGGCGCAAAAUUCCUUGGUAGAAUUUCAGAAUUUCGGCGAAUGUCACAUCGGCUUAGAGACUUGUCAAGCACUCAACAGUCACGCGAAAAGCUUGACAAUAUUGGAACUCAUGCUUAGUGGGGAUGACAUCCUCGCACUCGCAAAGCUGCCAAAUUGUAUUGCUCUAAGGACUUUAACGCUCGAGUACGCUGGUGCUCCGCAAGACCUGAAGGAAACACAAAAUGAUAGCUACAACAAGAUAAUUGCAUGGCUGCAAGAUUGCGUGCACCUGAAAACCAUAGCGUUUCGAGGUCUGAAAUCUGCACCAGACCUCCUGACUCCUGUCCUAGCCAAGACCGAUAUGCUGGUGGAGACGCUAGAGAUCGCAGCUCGGAAUGAAGCUGCAAUGUAUGUGGCCAAAGACCAUCGCGAAUUUCAUGAGGCAUUGAGCCGACAGUCGACGCUUCGCGAACUAGUGCUCACCGCCGACGUGGACCUCAUGACAGAGGAGGUCGACUAUGACGUGAUCCGUUCUAUCUGCGCCUUGAAAAAUUUGCGGCAAUUGCGCCUCUCACGAAUUUCUGACAAUUUCACAGACGUGGAAAUACAAUCGCUGGCAUCAAGUCUGCCCAUGCUGGAGCUGCUGGUCAUCGGUGGCAUUGGGAUUUCUGAUGCGAUCUGGCCGGUGCUCGCUCGACUGCAUCAGCUGAAGCACCUGGCGAUUACGGGGAUCACAUGCUUUACAGCUGACGGCAUUAUGAGCUUUGUGAACAGCCUUGGUGCAGGAAACAAGAAUCUCAUAUUGUCAAUGCUGUCUGUCGACCCGGAUUAUUCAAUAGAUGCUAUAGUCCUGGAUAAAAUCCGCGGCACUGUGGUUUCCAAACUGGAUGGCAGAUUCGAGUACACACUGCUGCCAGGUAGGCGUUGA